AGAGGAAAGACUUCUAAAAAAUACUUUAAAAUUUGGAAAGAAAAAUUGUUAUGCCAGCUAAGACCUCGAACCUCUUGCCAGGGCUUCUGCUGGUUAUAGCCUUCUUCUGGAGCUGGCAGUUGAAUGUCUUGGCCCUGCCGAGAGCCGAACCUCGCCAUGAAACUUGCAACAAUGAGCAGCGAUACGAGAACCAGGUGAUGUGCGAUGGGAAGCAAUUUGGAGCUUUGGUCCCCUAUCCGGAUAAUUGUAGUUUAUUCCUGGUCUGCGAUUGCCUAUAUCCAACGGUAAAGAACUGCCCAGCAAAUCUCUGGUGGGACAACGAUACUCAGCUGUGUAAUUACCCCCAAGCUGUGGAUUGCAUUUACUAUACGAUCGAAACGCCGCGACCUACAGAAGGAACUACCAAAAUCACAACAGAACCAACACCCAGCACGGAAAAGUUGACGACGGAAAGUUCUUCGUCUACUACUGGAAGUACUCCUCCAACUUCCAGUUGGGAUCCACCACCGGCACCUCCUGGAAUUUCUGAGGAUUACUGCCGUAACUUUGAGCAUGGUUCGGUACACUACUAUCCCUAUGAUUGCCAGGCCUAUAUAAACUGCACUAAUGGCUGGCCAGUGCUGCAAUAUUGUAUUGAGGAUAAACUCUUUAAUGUAUUCCUUGGCAUCUGCGAUACUCCCGAUGAAGUGGAAUGUGAGGUAGUGCCCCUGCCCACAACCACAACAGAAAUACCAAAAACUUCCACCACCGAGGAGGAUGUAGAAUGUGGACCAACUCCAGAGGGAAUAGAGGAGGAUUAUUGUAUGACAUUGGCCAAUGGAUUCUAUCAGUAUCCCUACGAUUGCAAAGGGUACUUGGAAUGUAGAAAUGGCUGCACGGAUUUGGAUUACUGCCAGCCGGAUAAGCUCUUUAAUGACUGGCUGCACAUCUGCGAUACUCCAAACUCGGUUUGGUGUAAUCCCAAACCUUUUCCCACGACUCCACGAACAACCGAUAAGCCGACCACUCCUCCAGUCACUACAACUCCCUUCGAUCCCACCACUUUUUCUACUGAAAGUACUACCAGUACAACAGAAGCGAUUACCACGACCACACCUGGACUUCCCUCAGAUGUUGAUCCAAAUGAUUGUAAGGGUAAGCCAGAUGGCACUAUUUUCGCUUACAUUGGAAAUUGCUCGGAGUACUUGAUUUGUAAAGACGAUCAAGUGCAAAUGGGUCAUUGCCCGCCCUCUACGCUCUUCAAUCCCGAUUGGCUGGUCUGCGAUGAUCCAGAUGAUGUUGUCUGUCUUGGAGAUCGUACCACCACACCGAUUCCAACCACCCCACCAACCACAACCACUGAGAAGACUACUCCAACAACCACCACAGAAGCAACAACUUUGGGACCUGAUCAGCUUUGCCACGAUCAAGAGGUGGGAGCUUCCUUUCCUUAUGUGCAAGAUUGCAGCCAAUAUUAUCUCUGCUUGGGCAAUGGAAAAUGGGCUCUGGCACCUUGCAUAUAUGGCAGCUAUUUCGAUCCAACGACAGGACAGUGCGGACCUAAUGUGUCACCCGAUGCUUGUAAAGCCUCACAGGCUACCACCACCACAACCACUACAGAAACUACAACAACCGAAAAGGUUACCACACCGAAAACCACAACUAAGGAACCUUCAACCACUACGAGUACAACCACAACUCCUUCUGCAACCACUGGAAUAUGUGGUGGUCGGAAUGAGAACGAGAAUAUAGCUUACCCCAAAAACUGCAACAAGUACAUUGUGUGCGUUUCUCCAAUCCCCAUAGCCUUCUUCUGUCCGGAUGACACAUUCUUCAGUUCAAAGUUACAGAAGUGCAUCGAGAGUUGGGAAGAGAGUGAUUGUGAGGGAGAUCAGAGCACUACGACUAUAGAACCAGGCUAUACCAGACCUCCCCCUGAACCCACCAUGUGCACAAAUAGCAGUCGGGAUACUUUCCCAUAUCCGGAUAACUGUCAAUGGUUCAUACGCUGUGUGGAUGAUUAUAUUUACAUGAUGGACGUCUGUAAUUGCGGGGAGUACUACGAUCCUAUAACGGAAAAAUGUGGAGCAGAUGUCCCAUCAGAUGCCUGUCGUUGGGAUUAUACAUCAACCACUUCCACUACCAGUGAGCCGACCACAACCACAGCUGUCACUAGGCCACCACCACAAAAAGGACCCUGUGAUGAUGUCGAGGAUGGUGCUUUGGUCCCCUAUCCAAACGAUUGCUCCAAAUAUAUUAAGUGCGAUAGACCCAUUGCGGUAGCCUUCGAUUGUGAUGAGGGAGAUGAGUUUAGUGUGGAGCUGGGAAUGUGUGUGGAUGCUUCGCUGGCCAAUUGUUCGAUUACCACCACGGCUAAGCCAUCAGAUACGACGACGACACCAAAUGACGGGGAGCCUUCAUCAACCACUUCUCAACUAACAACUGAGUCCUCUACUAUAUCAACACCCCUACCGACGACUGAGCCAUCUACAGCAGCUUCUACAGAAUCAUCUACAGAAUCUUCUACAGAAUCUUCUACUGUAUCAUCCACAGAAUCAUCUACAGAAUCAUCUACAGACUCAUCUACAGUCUCAUCAACAGAUUUAACUACAGAAUUAUCUACCACAUCAUCUACUGAACCUCCAACAGAAUCAACAACUGAAUCAUCGACAGCCAUUUCUACAACAACAGAGCCAGAAUCUUCCACAACAGAAAAGGAAACAUCUACCUCGGAAGCAACUACCACAGCUAAACCUUCGGGAGGAGUAUGUGAAGGCAAGACAGACGACUCCUUGGUUCCGUAUCCGAAAAACUGCAGCAAGUAUAUAAAGUGCCAAUAUCCGAUACCCGUUGGUUAUGAUUGUCCAGAUGGCUUGGAAUUUAGUCCCACGGAACUAACUUGCAUGGAUCCUGAAUUAGCUGGUUGUAGUCCAAAGAUAACCACACCCGGUCCGACAACAUUGACCACAGAAACGUCUACCACUGAAGAGCCUACAACUACACCAUUGUCUACAAUUUCAACAACUCCCGUGACAACAGAAUCAACAACAACCACCACGGAAUCAACAACGGUUUCAACCACACCCGUGACAACCACCACAGAAUCCACCACAAUUUCAACAACACCCCCGACAACCACCACAGAAUCAACAACCGUUUCAACAACGCCCGUACCAACCACUACAGAAUCCACAACAAUUACAACAACGCCAGUGACAACUACCACAGAAUCAACAACAACAAAAUACACCACCGUUUCUACAACAACUGUGGCACCCCCCACAACUCUGGAUCCCUAUACCCCCAAUAUUUGUUGUGGUCAGCGUUUGGGAACUCUGCUGCCCUACCCCAAUGAUUGCAGUCGUUAUGUCGUUUGUGAUUAUCCAAUUCCAUAUGCGGUGGUUUGCGAGGAGGGAACAGUUUUCGAUGAGAAGCUUCUCCAAUGCACAGCUAUGACCAGUGAAAGGUGUCUGUACGUGGAUUAUUAAACAUAUGAUUUAAUAAAGCU